AUGUCUUCUGGUCAAGGGGAUCGAAUCAAUCUUCUUUCUAGGCAACUAAGAAAUACAAAUAUUGAUUUAUUUGCUAAUCAAAGAAGAAUUGUGGGCUCAACUCAACUUAUCAAUGUUGUUGCUGAACAAUGGACUUAUGGAAUACGAGGAAAGUUGAAAGAGAAAUCAAAGAUGAAGAUGAGAGUCAUAAGAACGAAAAUCAAUUCUUUAUGGGGGAAAUAUCUUAAUAAAGAAAUCAAGAUUAUGGGUCACAAUCUGCUUCUAAUCAGGCUAAAUAGUGAAGCUGAAAGAGAUGAAGUUAUUGCCGAUGGUCCUUGGCUAAUAGAUGGUGUUCUUUUUCAUAUCCAGAAGUACUACAAUCAUAUCCCACUACAGGACUAUACUUUUGAUAAGCAAAUUUUCACUCUGCAGUUCAAAUACUUGAAGCUUGAACAUAUGAAUAUUGAUGUUAUAGAUGAAGCUAUCAGUUUUAUUGGGAGGAAGAUUUCUACCAAGCCAAGGAACUGUAGACCUCGAGCAGGAAACACUGUUAAAGCUAGAAUUGAAGUGGAACUGAACAAAUCACUCCAUAGAGGUGGUUGGUGGAAGACUGUUACCGUAGAAGAUGCUUGGAUUAGAUAUCACUGGGAAUUGCAGCCUAAGAACAUUUGUCCAAAAUGUUUUGUCAUCGAUCAUGACGAUGAAAAAUACAAGUAUACUUCUCAUUUACUCUAUUUGGAUUCUCUUACUGUUGCUGAGUAUGAAGCUCUACUCAAGGAAGAUAGUGAAGCCACUAAAGAGAAUGAAGGAAGUUCUUCAGCUUGCAACAUGGAAGAAGAAAUAUUUGAAGAUGGUAAUAUUGAAGACUCAAAAAAUGUCAAAAGGAUGAUAAAUUCCAGCCUCAAUGCAGAACCUUCUAUGAACCCUCAUAACAUACGCAUUCAGUCGCCUGCUGUUAUGCAAGGUUAUGAUCCUACUAAUGUGGACCUUCAACACAAUUCCAUGAUGGAAUCAGAUGAAUCAACUGCAACAAUUUCUGCUCCCAUGAAUGAUUGUAUCAGAAGCUCUUCUCAGGAUCAACUCUUUAGACUUCAGAAUGAACCAAUUUCAAAUUCUCAGCAUAAUUGUCUUAGUGAUACUAAUAAGCAAUUAGAAAUGUGGUUUGAUAUCAAAACUGAAUUCUAUAAGCAAAAAUCUGGAGAUAAAUUCAUAGUUGAUAUGGAUAAUAAUUCCAAAUAUUUUCACACUCUAGCUAAUAGAAGAAUGUUCAGAAAAAAUAUUGAUUGCUUAUAUGAUUCUCAUGGUGCUUGGUAUGAUAAUAGGGAAGAUAUAGCAAACAUUCUUGUUUCACAUUUUAGUUCUGUAAGUUGCUCUGUGAUGAAUCAUAUUCAUGAUGAUGUUUUUGAUAUUAUCCCAACUGUCAUUACUAAUGAUUUUUCUGAGUUUCUCACUAGAAUCCCUUCUGCUGAUGAUGUUUUUCAAGUAGUGAAAGACAUGGCAUCUUGGUGCUCCCCAGGCCCGGAUGGCUUUCGAGCUGGUUUCUACCAUGUCAACUGGGACAUUGUUGGUAAUGAUGUUGUUCAGGCUGUUCAAAGCUUUUUCAGUUCUGGUUACAUGCCUAGGGAGUUUAACAAGACAUACCUCUCUUUGAUUCCUAAAAAUGAUAAGGCCAAAUAUCCUGCUGAUUUUAGACCUAUAGGUUUAUGCAACACAAUCUAUAAAAUCAUCUCUAAGAUCUUAGCAAAUAGAAUAAAACCUUAUCUAAAAAGGAUUAUUUCUCCCUUUCAAUCUGCUUUUGUUCCAGGUAGAGCUAUCCAAGAUAAUAUUAUCAUUGCUCAUGAAAUGGUUCAUACCAUGAAACAUAAAGAAGGUAAUUCUGAUAGUAUGGCUCUGAAAUUGGAUUUAUCUAAAGCUUUUGAUAGGUUAGAAUGGUCUUUCAUUUUAGGUAUGCUUAAAAAACUUGGUUUUCCUGAGAAAUUUUGUAAGUACAUUGAACAAUGUAUUCCAACAACAAAAAUUUCUAUCCUUCUCAAUGGUUCUCCCACUAGUGCUUAUAAUCCUACUAGAGGUCUAAGGCAGGGGGAUCCUCUAUCCCCCUAUCUCUUUAUAAUAGCUAUGGACUAUUUAUCUAGACUUCUUGUCAAUGAUGCCUCUAAUCAUGCCAUCUCUGGUGUUAAGGCUGCUAGAAAUGCUCAUGCUAUUACUCACCUCCUUUUUGCAGAUGAUAUUCUUAUCUUUACUAAAGCUGAUAGACACAAUGUGACAGGUAUUCUUAAUACUCUCAAUCAGUUUAGCAAUAUCUCAGGUCAGUUGUUAAACUUAAAUAAAUCUAGUGUCUAUUUUAGUAACAAUAUGAGUCCUACUGCUAAGCAUGAUCUUUCUAGUGCUCUUAACAUGAUUGAAAUGCAAGAUACAUAUAAAUAUCUAGGUGUCACCCUUCUUAUAGGUAGAGACAAAUCUAAAGCUUUCAAACCCCUUAUUCAGAGUUUUUAUGCUAGGCUUAUUCCUUGGAAAGGUAAAAACAUGAAUUAUGCAGCUAGAUCAACCAUGGUAAAGCAUGUUCUUAAUGCUUUGCCUACUCAUCAAAUGAGUGUUUUCAGAGUUCCUAAAAACACCAUUGCUAAAAUUGAUACUAUCCAAAGACAGUUCUGGUGGGGUAAAGAUGGUGGUCAUAGAGGCAUUUACUUUAUAGGGUGGGAUAAAUUACAAAUUCCUAAGGCUUUGGGAGGUAUUGGCUUUAGGAAUCUAGAGCAUCUUAACACUGCUUUGCUUACUAAAAUUGCUUGGAAUGCUUGUGAUGAUUCUUCCCUUUGCUAUCAAAUUCUUAGAGCCAAGUAUUCUAGAAAUGGUAGUCUUUUGUAUUUAGAUAAACUUAAAGAUGAGAGUUCUUGGCUUUGGAGAAGCAUUUACUCUGGUCUGGAAGUUGUUCAGCAACACAUUAGAUGGUUAGUGAGUUGUGGUACUAAAAUCAACAUUUGGCUAGAUGUUUGGGUUAUUGGUUUAAAUAGUCCUCCUGUUCCAGUAGUUGGAUCCUCUAGCUUUAACAAUUUUACUUUUGUCUGUGAUUUAUUUGUACCUGGUACUAGGCAAUGGGAUAUUAACAUAGUUAAUACUCUCUUUUCUCAAGACUGUGUUAAUCUCAUUCUCAAUAUGAGAGUUCCUAACACUGGUACUGAUAAAAUGAUAUGGAUGCCAGACAGAAAAGGUAAGUUCACUGUUAAGAAUGCUUAUAAUACCAUCUGUUCUAGUGAUGUUGACACCAUUGUUGCAGGUAGUUCAAUUCCUACUGAUGUUUGGAAAAACUUGUGGAAGUUCAGGGUUCCACAUAGGGUUCAUAUUUUUUUUUGGAAAUGUCUAAAGAAAAUUGUUCAUGUUAAAACCAAGAUUGCUAGAUAUAAACAUGGUAUAGAAACUCAGUGUAGUUUCUGUAAAAAUAGUGAGGAAACCAUUAAUCAUAUCUUUAUGGAAUGUAGUUAUAGUAGAGCCAUUUGGUUUGCCUUGAAUAUUAAUAUAGAUGUUAUUAGGCUUUCUAAUGUUGACUUUGAACAAUGGCUCAUAAGCUGGUUUCACACUGAAGUUAUGAAUCUUCCUGCUCCAUGCUUGAGUGAUGAAAAUUUGAUUUGCAGAUUUAUGUGCAUCAUUUGGUACAUCUGGAAAGACAGGUGUUCUGCUGUUUUUCAAGAUAAGAAACCACAUUUGCAGAUCGAAAAUUGGAGACCCCCAGACAAGGAUUUUGUGAAAACAAAUAUUGAUGGUUCUUAUAUUUCUCAAACAAAGCAAGGAACUGUUGGUCUAAUUCUGAGAAAUUUCGCAGGUGCAUGUCUAGGAGCAAAAGUUAAAUCUAUCUCUGAAGAUGAACUACAAGUUCACUGGUUCAAUCAAAUUUCAAUUCAAGUAAUUAAAAAUAAAUUUACUGGUAGAAAACUUUGGUUUUGUAAGUUUGUAAACAGACUAUGUAAUAAUGCUGCUCAUGAGCUAGCUAAAAGAGCUAGACUACAGGCAGCUAAUUUCUCCUUUUCAGAUUUUUUUCCAGAUGAUAUUCUCUCUGGUUAA